GAGAACUGCCCAUGGGCAAGUCAACAGAAACAACAGGGGCUGAUACCCCACCCUCAUCCGGCGAUAUAGCAGCAGCAGCAGCAACCCAUAGAGAACAUGCCAUGGAGGUAGAAGAUCCCAUCCAGGUCAAAAAAUGGAAUACCAAAGACGGCGAUGCCGCACUCGCUCUGUUCGAAAACAGUGACGAUCUCCAUGAACCUGUCAGUUAUGAGGAUGAGAAGAAGGUCUUGCGUAAGAUUGAUUUUAUGAUUCUGCCUUAUUUGGCGGUUUGUUAUGCGUUUUUCUAUAUUGAUAAGACAACACUCAGCUAUGCGGCCAUAUUCGGUAUUCGAGAGGAUCUUAAUCUUGUCGGUACAAAGUACAACUGGUUGAGUAGUUUGUUUUAUUUUGGAUUUUUGGCGUGGGCCUUUCCGACCAAUUUCUUGUUGCAGAGAUUACCUAUCGGAAAAUAUCUCGGCUUUAACAUCUUCAUGUGGGGCGUAUUUCUCAUGCUCCAAGCCGCAUGUCACAACUUCGCCACGCUUGGAGUUCUUCGAACACUUGCUGGUGCCGCCGAAGCAUGCUCUGAUCCAGGCUUCAUGUUGGUAACUAGUAUGUGGUACACAAGACGAGAGCAACCCGUACGUAUUGGUCUGUGGUAUACGGCCAAUGGCUUCGGGAUUGCACUCGGCGGACUGCUCGGUUACGGCAUUGGUAAUAUCAGAGGUGCAUUGCCGUCGUGGAAAUAUGAGUUUUUGAUCAUUGGCGCUCUGUGUUCAGUAUGGGGUAUUGUCAUGUUCAUCUAUCUCCCCGACAGCCCAGUGACAGCCAAAGGCUUGACAUUGCGAGAACGUCGUAUCGCCGUGGAACGUUUGCGUGAAAAUCAGACCGGUAUUGAGAAUAAACACCUGAAACCAUACCAGAUCCGGGAAGCCUUUACCGACUACAAGUUAUACAUGUUUUUCCUCCUUGGUGUCGUUUGCAACGUUCCCAACGGUGGCAUCUCCAACUUCGGCACUAUCAUUAUCAAAGGCUUCGGCUUCUCGACACUGGUCACUACACUUAUGCAAAUCCCCUACGGAGUCAUCAUUGCUCUUUCCAUCCUACUCUGUGUCUUCCUCAACGAUCGUUUCGAGAACAGAAGAUGUGUAUUCGUCCUUCUCUUCUUGAUCCCUAACAUUGCAGGAGCCUUUGGGCUUCGGUUUGUCCCUCUUGACCGGAAAGUGGGCAGGUUGAUAUGUUAUUAUUUGACGGGGCCGUAUAAUGCGGCGUUUGUGCUGGUACUUAGUAUGCAGAUUGCUAAUACUGCUGGACAUACCAAGAAAGUCGUCACAAAUGCAGUACUGUUUCUUGGAUAUUGCACUGGUAAUAUUGCUGGUCCAUUCUUUUAUAAGACUGAUCAAGCACCAACAUACUCCCUCGGUAUCUGGUCCAUGAUCGGAUCCCAUCUCAUCGAAGUCGUCCUCAUUUCAACCCUCGGUCUUCUUCUGCGAUGGGAGAACAAAAGACGUGAUAAGAUCCAGUCAGAGAUGGAGGGCGGAUUGGAAGGAAGGGAUUUGGAUGCCACUGCGUUUUUGGAUUUGACUGAUCGGGAGAAUUUGAAUUUUCGAUAUAUUUACUAAGCUGUGGAUGUUAUAGUUGACAUGGACUUUUCAAAUUUCAGAAGAUUGAGAAGAAUUUAAAUAUCCGUACUUAGAGAAACGAUGUUUCGUCCAUGGCUUUUGUCGCACCAUAUCGAACUUGGAACAUAGGGAGUUUGAUGCAAUCAAUCCAUGUAACUAGAUAUCUACCUAGGUAGAAUAUACAUCAUGUUUC